AUUUUCCUCUGAGGACUGACUUUGAACUGAUUUCAUCUAGGUAUCACGAUCAACGUGGGGGAUCCAAAUUACCAUUGACACAUCCAUGUGGUGCCGUCAAUCCCUUCUCUUGCUUGCGCUCUUGUCUCCUGCACUUGCGGGUAUACAGGAGCUUUGGUGGAACGUCACCUACGUUCAGGACGCGAGUCCAGAUGGCCUCUUUGAACGCCGUGUCAUUGGUGUCAACGGAACCUGGCCACCUCCGCCAAUUGAGGUAUCUACAACAGAUUCAUUGCUUGUGCAUGUAACGAACGGCAUCGAUCGACCUGCAUCGCUACACCACCACGGCAUGUUCUUCAACUCAACAUCCUGGAUGGACGGAGCAAUGGGGGUGUCGCAAUGUGGCAUACCCCCAGGUCAGACGUUUGACUACGUUGUACCCAUCAACUCCUCCGGCCAAGUCGGAACAUACUGGGCGCAUGGUCAUGCAAAUGGAAUAUAUGUGGAUGGUCUGCGCACGCCUCUCCUGCUGCAUUCUCCAAAUGAAACUUAUGCCGCCGAUUACGAUGCCGAGUUCACUGUUAUGCUGAGUGACUGGUACCAUCAAGAGCAGCCUGUCCUCUUGGAAUCCUUCCUCAGCAUAGCAGAUCCAGGAGGAGCGGAGCCUAUUCCUGACUCUGCCCUCGUAUAUUUCUCCCAAAAUGGUUCCUACCUGGCACCUAUCCCAGGGAGUCACCCAUCCCCGGUAACAAGUGCGGUAGGUUUCAACGAGAACGCGACGCUUCCGUUCGAGCCCGGUAAAACGUACAGACUGCGCGUAAUCAACAUGGGCGCAUUCGCAGCGUUCUACUUCUGGAUCGACGGACAUGAAAUGCGAAUCAUUGAAGUUGACGGUACAGACACACAGGAGCAGCCUGUUGAUAUGCUGAGCCUAGCAGUGGCGCAGCGUUACUCUGUGCUUGUCACCGCGAGGAACGAUACGUCGUCAAACUGGGCCAUCCAUGCAAACAUGGAUACAAGCAUGUUUGACACCGUCCCCAGUAGUCUAAAUCCCAAUAUUACCACCACCAUCACAUACUCCGCCUCCUCCAACCUCACUACCCUGUCCCCCGUGUCCUCCUAUACCCUGAUAAACGACAGCGCUCUGGUUCCCACCGAUGUUUCGCCUGCACUCCCCCCAACAAAUACCCUUGAGCUUGAGUUCAACUUCGCGACGAUGAGCGAUGGGACAAACCAUGGAUUCAUAAACAAUUUGGUUUACAAUCCGCCACUGGUACCCGCGAUCAUGAGCGCGCUGAGUCUGGGCGAAAAUGCCACUAGCCAAGUGGCAUAUGGGCCGUACAGCUUUGUGUAUAACUACGGAGAUGUGAUCGACCUUGUGGUGAUGAACGCUGAUACAGGGAAGCAUCCCUUCCAUUUGCACGGAUACAAGAUGCAGAUCGUCAAUAAAGUGACGGAUUAUACCUCCAACGAUACAUCACUUAACCCACCGCUUAUCGAAGGGCAAGCAAACCCGAUGCGUCGUGACACUGUAGCCAUCCCUGGCGGAGGUUCCGUCACGCUCCGCAUCGUCGCUAAUAACCCCGGCGCAUGGCUCUUUCACUGUCACAUAGAAUGGCACCUUGAAUCGGGCCUUGCGGUCCAGUUCAUAACAGCUCCGCUUCAGAUACAAGAACAGGCACAGGACCGCGUACCGUCGUUUAUGUACGACCAGUGUGCUGCGCUUGGGAUCCCCACGAGUGGCAAUGCUGCAGGACACGCGAGCCCAACUAAUUUGUCGGGUCUCCCGCUUGGUCCGUGGUUGCAGAAGCUCGGUUGGCUGGCUAAAGGCAUCUGGGCGAUGGCUGGAUGUGUGUUGACAGUCGUCAUUGGCAUCGCUACUGUUAUAUGGUAUGCUAUGGGAGGUUCUGUCACUGAGGAGGAGAUGGAGGCGGAGGCGCGUCAGCGCAUCGAGGAAAAGGAACGCAGAGGAAAGUUCUUUGGUCUGUUUAAGAGAAAGACUUGAAUAUCCAUUUGUUCAUACUGACCUAAUAGCGGUCACUCUGGCUAUGCCGUUCUGCGGGGUAGUCCUGUCAAUGAUUGUCACCACUUAUUCGAUAGUUUAAUGACUAUUGAUAGAUACACAUGCAAUAACUUGAAGUAGCAAGUACUUACACGGUAAAAAGUUAGCUGAACCUGUGGUUAAGUCAGUCGUUUUUGCACGUAUACAAUUUGUGUCCUGUACUGUUUUGAAUGAAGACAGAGUACUGAAUUAGGAUAAGAUCUGUUGGUGAAGAACGACUUGGAAGCUAAUGAUGAGUUGUCC